GGCGGCCGCUCUUCCGGUCUGCCAUGGCUGGCUCGCUUGGUGGAAUCUCGUUCUGGAGGAGCCGCUCUGCCGACCUCGUGAGGGUCCCGGGCAGGCGUCGCCCGAUCAAAGCGAAGCUGCCUCUGGCGCUGAGCGACCGCGUCUCCAACCGGCACCUGAAGCUCGGAGAGGCAAGUUGUGUUACAGAGAUGGCAUUGAUGAUGGCUUGCUGGAAGGCAAAUGAGUUCAGUGACAGUGCUUGUGCUAAGGAGAUUAAUACAUUCUUUGAAUGUGCAGCAAAAGCAGAAGCAAAGAAAAAGGAGACAACUCCAGAAGAAUCUUCAGGAACUCUUGAUUCACAACAAGUCAACAAAUUACUUGGACGACACCCAAAUAUUACACACUAUUAUUAACAAAAUUUGUUUCUGUAAAUAUCUGGUUAUUAAAACCUGAAAUUAGAUCAAGUUUGGAAAACUCCCCCACCCCCGCUUGUUGAAACUGAGGAGAAAUAAUCUUCAGAAUUAUAUAAAUGACUUUGUCUAAAAAGAUCUGCUGCCAGUAAGACUAAAGCUUGCAUUUUCCCUGAUGUGAAGGUUCUUCAAGCAGAAAACUUCCUGAUAAAUUGUUCAUUUAUUGUCAUAUUGAGUUAUAUGAAAUAAAAUCUUACAAUGAAACAUGCUA